CAACUCGAGCUGGUCAGAAAACACACCACACACCACAACACCACAGCCAACAAUGUCCGAACUAACAUUCUGCCGCUCCUUCCUCUCAGCGCUCGACGCCCGCCCCAUAAAGCUAUCCUCAGACCACAUAGCAGACGCGCGAAAGUAUCCCGCCCAAGGCGCCUACACGCUCCCCCGCCUCCCCCCACCGCACCCCACGCGCCCAAGCCCAAAAUCCACAUCCACAUCCUCCGAUGCCUCUACCUCCUCCCUAAGCAUAACCCUCAAGCCCCUCAAGCCCAACACGCCCACCGUCCCCCUCCCCGCCGUCGACGCAGCGAAGACCUCCAUCUUCGACCUGAAAACACACUACGCGACGUCGACGUCCAUCCCCGCGUCCAAGAUCAAGAUUCUGUACAAGAAGAAGCCGGUGCAGGAUAGUAAGACGGUGGCUGAGGUGGUGGGGGGUGAUGCGGCGGGGGAUGUCGAGUUUGGCGUUAUGGUUAUGGGGGGUGCGGUUGCGGCGGGGACGUCUGGGGGUGGAGGUACGCCUGUGCAGAGUCCGCCUGCGAGUGUGCCGACGGAGAGCGAGAAAGGGUUGGCGAGUGGGGGCGCGGCGGCAGUGGGACCGAGUGGGAAGGAGCUGGUAGCUACCGAUGAGUUUUGGGGUGAUUUGCAGAAUUUCGUACUGCAGAGGAUCAAGGAUGAGGCUGAGAGCGAGAGGUUGGUCGGGGUGUUCAAGGCCGCUUGGGAGGAGAGCAAGUAG